AUGUGGUUCUUGCUAACCCAGCACUUUGGUUUGAGGGGCUGUCAGGAGCACCACGACAUGUACGUUGAAGAUUUUGCCUUCAGUACCGACGACAAUAGUAUUGAAUUCGUGACUUACGAGGAAAACCCCCAAAAACUCGCCAAGGUGGACUUCGCAAGAAACGAAGAGUCGUUCAACCCAAGAUGUUUGCUACCGGUGGACAGAGAUGCCCUGUAAAACUGUUCAAAACAUUUUUGGAACGAAGACCCGAAGAAAUGCGAAACAGUGGUCCAUUCUAUCUUGCCUUGAAUGAACGACCAAAGACGCAAGUGUGGUAUAAGCGUCAAAGAAUGGGCGUCAACAGCAUUAAUUCCUUUAUGAAGAAUAUGGCAAGUCAAGCAGACAUACAAGGCAAAAAGCUCACAAACUACAGUGCUCGCAAAACCUAG